CAUUAGUUACAGCAGAGAAGAGGCCGUUGACCCCAUGGCGAGCACCACCAACCAGCACAGCUGGGAACGGAAACGGGCCGCCGCCGACGGCCGCAUGAUUCUACUCUGCCCCAACACCAUCCCUGUUGCAAACAUUGGGUGGAGCAGCCACUCUGCUGCUGCAUUCGCGCCAUGGCCAGUAGCCGCCAUUGACGCAAGCAGGCCAAAAUCUGAACCGGCAACACAAACGGCGAGCACCACCAUUGCUGCGACGUUCCAUCUCCCUCAACUCCGGCCGUCGUCACACGGCAGUGCUACGUUGCAACGCCACCGGUGCUACCAGUGGAGGAGGUUGCGGUGAGCACAUCUGCUGCUGCUGCUUAUUGCACAACACAACUGGUAAUGUCAGGGUAGUCAUGCGGCUCGUCGGAGCGUGCGUCGAGGCAACUCUUUCAACUCCGACGGAAGCAGAGCCGGCGCUACAAUGGAACUUCGCCGGAUUUGCAAUGGAACUUCGCUGGAGCUGCAAUGGAGUUCGCCGGACGCCGUCGAUGCUGCGUUGGAGCUUUGCCGGAGGUGCAAUGGAGCUUCGCCGGACGACGUCGGUGCCACGUUGGAGCUCCGUCGGGGCUGCAAUGGAGCUUCGCCGGACGACGUCAGUGCUUCGUUGGAGCUCCAUCGGGGCUGCAAUGGAGCUUCGCCAGACGUUGUCGCGGCUGCAUUGGAGCUAUCGCCGGGCCGUGCUGUGCUACAUUGAAGCUUUGACAGGUGCCAGCAGCACUACGUUGAAGCUGGUCUGCUGUCGUGGCUUUGCUGCAUCGAACGGCCACCAGCACGCUAAUCCGAC